AUGUUUUUUGUGGAAGUAAUCCGAUUUUGUUGUUUGUUCUUUAAGGAACUCUAUGCGAAAGGCCAUGAGAAUGUGUGCGUUAUGUUUGCGAGUAUACCGAAUUUCAAGGACUUCUGGGGACAAUGGGAUACAUCCAGAAAAUUGGAGUGCUUGCGACUUCUUAACGAGAUCAUUUGUGAAUUUGAUAAGUUGCUUUCAAAGCCAAAAUUCAGUAGUAUUGAAAAAAUCAAGACCGUCUCCAGUACGUAUAUGGCAGCCGCAGGUCUGAACGAACAGGAAACUGUCGAAGACGAUUGCGUUAGAUUUAUGAAAGUGUUCCAGGCCUAUCGUAAUGCUGCCGUGAUGGUGGAGUUUUCGGCAGCAAUGUGCUCCAUUUUGGAUCAACUCAAUAGGGACUCAUUUCAAAAUUUCCAACUUCGAAUCGGCAUGAGUAGUGGACCAUUGGUAGCGGGUGUAAUUGGUGCACAAAAGCCACAAUACGAUAUUUGGGGGAAUACAGUAAACUUGGCGAGUCGUAUGGACACCUAUGGGGAAUCGCGUAAAAUUCACAUGACUGAAGAAAUGGGAAAAUUACUGCAACGAGGCGGUUAUUCAGUGCAGAGCCGGGGUAAAGUCAAAGUUAAAGGUGUCAAAGAACCGAUCGAGACGUAUUUUUUGUCGUUGGAUUCGAAACGAAAUUCAUCGAUCAGCCUAAGCUCACAACCGUAUUCACUUCUGCAAAGACACCAACAAAAUUCUCUUUAA